AAUAACGCCUACUUGUCUAGUACGUACCAGAUUGAAUUGAAGUCGGUUUAGGUGUUGUUUUAUAACAAAAUUAUGUGAUAAAAAAUGUUUAAUAUUUGAUAACGAAUUUAAAUAACCUGCUUCCUCGUAAAAUUUAUUUAGUACCGAAGUAAAUCGGUAUUCUUAAGUUGCUUUCGAGUUGUCAUGUUCACCGUUCCAAUUACCAUGCAGAACAUGAGCUGCACGUGCUUAAAACGGAUAUUUAAACUGAAAAAUAACUACAGAUUUGUAUCCUCAUUCGAGGGGUUGGAACCUGCUGGACCUAGUGUAAAAACUGAAGUACCUGGACCGAAAACCAAAAGCUAUAUUGAAAGGCUAUCAAAAAUACAGCAAAGCAACUCGGUACAGUUAUUCGGCGAUUAUGAGAAAUCAAUCGGAAAUUAUUUCGUUGACGUGGAUGGUAAUGUUUUAUUGGAUGUUUAUAUGCAAAUAUCGUCCAUUCCUAUUGGAUAUAAUCAUCCUGAAAUAAUUCAAGCUUUACAAAAGCUAGACAAUGUUAAAGCAGUGGUUAAUAGACCAGCUCUGGGUUACUUUCCAGGAGCUGAUUGGAUUCAUAAAUUGGAAAAUGUAUUAUUAAAUGUUGCUCCUAAAGGUUUAAAUCAUGUGACUACCAUGAUGUGUGGAUCAUGCAGUAAUGAAAAUGCGAUGAAGAAUAUUUUCUUUUGGUAUCAAGUGCAGCAACGUGGUGGUAGUUUUGAAUUCUCACCUGCAGAACAAGCAUCUUGUAUGAAGAAUGCCCCUCCUGGAUCUCCUGAUUUAACUAUUUUGUCCUUCAAAGGUGCUUUCCAUGGAAGAACACUGGGAGCAUUAUCUACCACUCGAUCCAAAUAUGUACACAAAAUAGAUGUACCAGCUUUUGACUGGCCUGUGGCUACUUUCCCUCAGUACAAGUAUCCUCUAGAAGAGAAUGUUGCAGAAAACAAAAAGCAGGAUAAAAACAGUUUAGAAGAAGUAGAAUACUUAAUCGAACAACAAAAGAAGAUUGGUAAACCAGUUGCAGGUAUUAUUGUGGAACCCAUUCAGUCCGAAGGAGGAGAUAACCAUGCUUCUAAAGAAUUCUUCCAAGAAUUACAAAAGAUAACCAAAAAACACAAAGUCGCCUUCUUAGUAGAUGAAGUACAAACUGGUGGUGGGCCAACAGGGAAAAUAUGGUGCCAUGAACAUUUUGAUCUAGAUGGACCUCCCGAUAUAGUCACUUUCAGUAAAAAAAUGCAAAUUGGAGGAUAUUACCUAAAACCUGAAUUUAUCCCUAAACAACCAUUCCGAGUAUUCAACACUUGGAUGGGUGAUCCUGGUAAAAUGAUCAUAUUAGAAGAAGUAUUGAAAAUUAUAAGAAGAGAUCAACUAUUAGAAAAUGUCAAAGAAACUGGAAAAGUAUUAAUGAAAGGAUUAUUGGAAUAUCAAAAUAAUUAUAAUGGAUUGAUACAUUCUGUACGAGGAUUGGGUACUUUCAUAUCUUUUGAUUUGCCUACCUCCGCUCAAAGAGACACUGUCGUUAAUAGGUUGAAAAAUAAAGGAGUACUGAGUGGUGGUUGUGGUGAUCACGCUGUUCGUUUAAGGCCUGCUUUAACCAUGCAACCUAAACAUGCGCAUAUAUUUUUGGAUAAAUUGAAACAAGUAUUGGAUGAAGGAAAUAUCUAAAUUACCUACCAAACCAAACCAUUAAGCAACUCAAUCAUAUCAAAUUUAAAUGAUGUUUAAUUGAACUGUGUGUUUGACUGUUUGUGAUUGAGUAUACUUAUUAUAGAUUUUGAGAUGUUUCUAUCAUGUAUGGUAUUUAGUUGUUAUACUCAUGGUGUACAACUGGAUCUCAUUUUCAAGAUAUUGAUUUGUGUUUUCCUCUCAAAUUUUAUAUUUUUCAUGUUAGUAGGUAAUGUGAAUUUCUUUGAGUAAAACAUUGUCUACUGCGCUUUCCUCUGUCAAUGACAAAUUUUAUGGCAGCUUCGCCUGAUAAUAAUGUCUUCCUUAAAUAAGUCUUCCAAUUUUAUUUUCUCUUAUUUUUGUAUGUUAUUCUAUAAUAAUGUUGAUAAAUUAUACCUAUGUACCUAAUAAAUAAUUAAAGGAUGAA